UUUAGCGGGAAGUUAGCGUAGUCGGAAUUCUAGACAUGUGAGGAGACGAACAUGCAGGAGAAGUUGCCGCCCGUUUACACCACUCUGGAAUUGUCAGUGGCAGUCAUAGCGGUCACCGGUAACUUUCUUGUUAUAUUAGUAUUCUCCACUCAGAGGAAACUACGGAAACUAACGAAUUACUACAUAGUCAGUCUAGCGGUGUCCGAUUUGUUAGUGGGAUUGGUGGGCAUCCCUUCAGCCAUACUGACCAAAAUGGGACUCCCUCGAAACGAAUUCGGGGUCUGCAUGCUGAUGCUGUCGUCGUUGGUAGUGCUGUGCACCAUUUCCAUAUUGAAUUUACUGGCCGUAUCUUUAGACAGAUAUUGGGCGAUUAUUUAUCCGUUCUGUUAUCACAGAUUAGUUACCAAGAAGACUGUUAUUGGCACCAUCGUCGGGUGUUACGUAUUAGGUGCAGCUGUUGGAUUCCUGCCACUUUUCGGUUGGAAUAAUGGUCCAGAAACGCCGGAAGGACGUUGUUUUUUCAUUCCGUCUAUGGAUUACUACUUUUUAGUGUUUAUAUUUUUCGUGACGAUAGCCUUUCCGGUGCUGUUAAUGGGGUUUUUCUACGGCAGCAUCUACUUCGUGGUUAAAAAACAGCUUCGUCAAAUCUCUCAUCUGGGUCAAUUAUCGGGUAAUAUUAGUCAAGCUACUUCGCAAGUCAACAUCUACAACGUGGACUCACCCUCUCAUCAGAUCCAGCAUACUAAUCAGUUGCAUCAGAGCCACGAUAGCAUCGUUCAUCCCGCCAGAAUACACAAACGAGAAGUGAAAAAGGCCAAGAACUUAUUCGUUAUAGUUCUAUAUUUUGUUAUUUGUUGGGUGCCGUUAUAUUUGGUGAAUUGCAUUAAAGCUUUUUGCAAUCAUUGCGACGUUCCCGUUUGGUUAAUGGACUGUUUCAUCAUUCUUUCUCACGCUAAUUCUGCUGUAAAUCCAUUUUUAUACGCUUAUCAUUUAAAGGAUUUUAGAGAAGCCAUCAAAAAAUAUAUUUGUCGAGGAUUAAGCGGAAGAAGCGAACCGCAAAAUUUAUCCAAUCACGAACUGGGUAUAUUACCAAAUACGGCCAGCAAAGUGGUGUUGAGUAGCAAAGGAAAAACUCUGGCCAUAUCUUUGAAUAGAGUGACUUGAAAACCUGGUCAAAUGAAUACAUUCCCGGGUUUAAAU